UCUGUCUUGACGCCUUCAUUGAGUUCUACUCGGGGCGAGAUACUGUCUGGCAAGCUCGCGGAAGCAAUAAGUACACCGGCCUCUUCAUUGCUGUUUGCAGCGCAUAUAAGGGGGACUGUCUAGGGGGAUGCACACAAACUUAUGCCAUCAUUCAGCACGCUGGUGCACGCCUUUGCUAAAAUGUCAAGCACGACUUUGCCACCGGUGCCUCAUUGGGUCCCUGCCCCUGCGACGAAGGCAGACCUGGAUUAUGCGGACUUGCCAAUCAUUGACUUCGCGAAGUUGGCGAGCCCGGGUGGCACCACUAUGUUGGCCCAGAAGGUGCAUGAUGCGAUGACGACUUCCGGUUUCUUCUACGUGGUGAAUCAUGGUCAUACAAAAGCUGAGACGGACAGGAUGCUCGAUAUCGGAGAUGCCGCAUUCACUCAAGUGUCCGACCAGGAGAAGAAGGCUUACGAGGGAAACGCGAUGGAAACAGGAACGUUCCAGGGCUACAAGCUGCGUCAAUAUUGGCACAUCGACGCAGGAGUUAGGGAUCAGAUUGAACAGUACAGCAUCAAUCGAGACGUAACGAAGAGGCAGCAUCCGCAAGCACUGCGUCCGUUCCUACCUGAGAUCACUGAGUUUGCGCGAUUCUGUCAUCUCAAAAUUUUGCACCCUGUCCUUCGGCUCCUCGCAACGUGUCUUGAGCUGCCAGAGGAGACGUUCGUCAACCAAUUCCAGUUUGACGCCGAGGGUGAUACCUGGUUCCGCACGAUGAAGUAUUAUCCUCGUUCCGUCGAGGAAGAAGAAAAGACCAAGAAUGUCUGGCUCAAGGGUCAUGCAGACUACACUGGCAUUUCCAUGCUGUGGAGCCAGCCGGUUGCCGCCUUACAAGUGAUGUCUCCAGAUGGUAAAUGGCGCUGGGUCAAGCAUAUUGACAACGCAGUCAUAAUCAAUGCCGGAGAAGCUAUGGCGUUCCUCUCCGGCGGGUACUAUAAGGCGACCAUCCACCGUGUCGUCCAGCCGCCAGAGGAUCAGCGCGGCUACCCUCGCCUGGGCCUAUAUUACUUCGCCACUCCAGACGACGACGUUCUACUCGUCCCGCACACCGAGAGCCCCGUCCUGCAAAAGGUCGGCGUCAAGCGGCGCUUCGAGGACGCGGAUGCACCGACUUCGGAACAGUGGCGAAAAGCUAGUUCUAGUCGGUACGGCCUAGUACAGCUCAAGAAGAGGGACGAUGGCCACGAGCAAGAUGUCGUCCACGGUAUCGUUGUGAAACACUACAAUUAAGAGGGCACUUCUAUAAGUACCUGUUCGCCAGAACGUCGGAAAUACGUUGUCCGCGGCCGCGCACAUACUCUUGAUAGCAUACUUGUCCCAGUCAUAAUGUGAACCUCUCUCCGGUGUCUCUCGG